CCUUUGGGUGGUUGCUUUCGGCUGCAAAAUAGGAAGUGGCAAAGUGAACACAUAGUCUUUUAAUCGAAACAAAUUCCUGUGCCGCCCCAAGCUUAGAAGGGGCCAACAACAGGCAAUAUCGGGCUGAGCAUUUAAAUUAUUCCGAAAUUGUCAAGCAAUCUUAUUUUAACGUGCACGUUUGCACGCUUUUUUAAACUACUAACGGUUACGUCAAGUUGUCACGAGCAAGCAUGUCUGCGUCUGGCAAGCUAACGAAAAUGACGCCUUCAUCUUUCUAGAAAAGCUAGUGAGUUAGCUACUGCAACGUUAGCAUUUGGCUAAACUAACGCUCGCGUCACGAUACUUGACACAGAAAGACAAAAAGCUAACUAGCGUUGUACGUGUUUCCAGGGUUGGGACCAGUGGUGGAUGUCAUCCAAAAGAAAUGGUUUUAGAAAAUGAAGGGGGACUGAAAUCGCACGAUCAUGGAGAACAGCUUCACGUAGAACGCUUUAUUCAUCACAUGCUUCGCGAUCGAGAACGAGUGCAGGUUGCGCACGGUUCAAGUCGGUAAAUGUUUUCCAUUUUAGGCAAAGUGAAUAUCAGUGUUUUGGUCGUGGAAUCGCGAAUUAAAGCGAGCAAACCAUGACAAAUCCCCUUUGCGGUUACGUUCGCCAUCAACACCUUAGCUAACGCUAGCUGCAGUUCUUGGCUAGCUCGGUAAUUUAACGUUGUCUUAUUAGUGUCAUUAAUCCGAGACUAACAGAACUGAAGGACACAUCCGAGGCAGCCCAACAUGGCUUCAGAGGAGGCGUCUUUGCGUGCACUGGAGAGCCUAAUGACAGAGUUCUUUCACAGCUGCACAACCAAUGAAAGAAAACGAGAAAUAGAAGAGUUGCUGAAUAACUUUGCACAGCAGACUGGAGCAUGGCGCCAUUGCUUGUUCUUCCUCUCUAAUACCCAGAAUGAGUAUGUCAUGAUGUACAGUCUCACAGUAUUUGAAAACCUGGUGAACAAAAUGUGGAUCGGUGUCGCAUCGCAAGACAAAAUGGAGAUUCGCAGCUGUUUGCCCAAACUCCUACUUGAACACCACAAAUCGGUGCCCUAUUUCAUCCGUAAUAAACUCUGCAAAGUCAUUGUGGACAUUGGUCGCCAGGAUUGGCCAAUGUUCUACCACGAUUUCUUUACAAACACGCUCCAGUUGGUCCAGUCCCCAGCUUUGGCACAGUUAGGCUUGGUAAUGCUGAAAACCACAUCGGAGGAACUCGCGUGUCCUCGGGAAGACUUGAGUGUUGCCAGGAAAGAUGAGCUGCGUAAACUGCUGCUGGAUCAGGUACCGACGGUGCUUGGACUGUUGACAGGCAUCCUGGAGACUUACUGGGACAAGCACAGCAUCAUUGCUUCCACGCCGCCACCUUCACCCACAUCAGGAGAAAGUAUGGUACUUCUGGGCACGUUGUUUCAGGGCAGUCAGUACUCAAAGCUUCUCUGCCAGCCCAUGGCAGCACUAGACAACGAGAGUCAGCAGCUCUGUUGUAUUGUCCUGGAGUGCUUGGCCCACCUGUUCAGCUGGAUUCCGCUAUCCACUAGCAUCACACCCACGCUGCUGGCAUCCAUCUUCCACUUUGCACGCUUUGGCUGUGAUCUUCGCACGAAGGCCAAGUCCUUCAUCUCCUCCACCUCCUCAUCUUCUAAUGGACACCUUAAUGUCGGGACAAUGCCACCCACGUCAAACGGUGGAGGGCGACAGAGUGAGGGCGGCAAAGUUGAUCGUUCUCGCCUUGGCGUACUCGCCAUGACCUGCGUCAACGAACUAGUGUCAAAGAACUGUGUGCCAAUGGAUUUUGAGGAGUACCUGUUGCGCAUGUUCCAGCAGACCUUUUUCCUUCUGCAGAGGCUCACUCGUGAGAAUAACGCUCAUACAGUCAAGAGUCGGCUCCAGGAACUUGACGAGAGUUACUUGGAAAAGUUCACAGAUUUCCUGCGUCUGUUUGUCAGUGUUCACUUGAGGCGGAUUGAGUCCAGUCCUCAGUUUCCAAUUGUAGAGUUUCUUGCCCUGCUUUUCAAGUACACCUUCAACCAGCCUACCCACGAGGGCUACUUUGCCUGUUUGGAUAUAUGGAGUGUGUUUUUGGAUUUUCUUACAACCAAAAUCAAAAGCAGACUUGCUGACAGAGAAAGUGUUCUCAACAGGUACAAAGAUGCCUUAGUUCUUCUGUUGAGAGAAGUUCUGAAUCGCAUUCAGUUUCGAUACAAUCAGGUUCAAUUGGAAGAACUGGAUGAUGAGACGCUGGAUGAUGAUCAACAGACUGAAUGGCAAAAGUACCUGCGUCAGAGUCUGGAGGUAGUUGCUAAGGUGAUGGAGCUGCUCCCUUCCCAUGCAUUCUCUACUUUGUUUCCCAUUCUUCAAGAAAACAUGGAUGUGUACUUGGGCCUGCAGCAAUUUAUUGUCACCACUGGCACAAGUCGCAGGCUAAACAUCACUGCUGAGAAUGAUUGUCGCCGACUUCACUGCUCUCUCAGGGACCUCAGCUCCCUUCUCCAAGCUGUCGGGCGCUUGGCCGAACAUUUCAUCGGGGAGAUUUUUGCAUCACGUUUCACUGACGCGCUUGCAGUAGUUGAGAGGCUUGUGGACGUGACCUGCUAUGGGUCUCAGACCAGCUUGUACGACCUGGAAACCGCAGUGCCUUCUGUUCUUAAACCAGACCUCAUUGAUGUACAUGCACAAGCCCUUGCAGCUCUGCAAGCCUACUCUCAUUGGCUUGCACAGUUCUACAGUGAGGUCCACAGUCAAAACCAGAGCCAGUUUGUCAACCUCAUCACGUCUGCAGUAGAUGCCAGUAGCCCCCUCAUCACUGCGAAGGUACCGGAAAAGUUACUGCUGUGUGCGUGCCAUCUGAUGGUUUCCAUAACCUUCACAGUGCGUCCUGUGUUUAUGGUGACUUUGCCUGCGGUUCAGAAGAUCUUCAACCUCAUUACUGAGAAUCAGACUCGCAGGCUCCCACUAGAGGCUCACUUGCUAGUGUGUCGGGCUUUAUCCAACAUGCUGCUGCUCCCAUGGCCAAAUCUACCAGAGAAUGAGCAGCAGUGGCAAACACGGUCCAGCAACCACUCCAGCAUGCUGGCGGCCCUCACUCGGGAAUAUCGCAUGUUAAGAGGGACAGUGAACAUAACUCCACGGCGACCUGAAAUGCACGACUUGAAAGCAGUGAUACAGCAGACCUUGCCUGUCCUCAGAGACAUAGUGGACAGCAUAUCUGGAGAGUCCACGAAAUCCCGCCAAAUCUGUUACCAGAGUCUGCAGGAGUCGGUCCAAGUGUCCCUCAGCCUUUUCCCAGUGUUUAUUCAGCAGCCAGAUGUGACGGAUGAGAUGUUGGCAUUCUUCUUGACGCUCUUUCAAGGGUUACGAGUCCAGAUGGGUGUUGCCUUCACAGGACAAAUCCUCCAAACAUUCCUCAGCUUGUUUACCAGGGAACAGCUGGCUGCCAGUAUUUUGCAGGAGGGUAGCGCAGGGUGUCGAGUGGUACAGAAGUUCCUGAAAAUCCUGCAGUUGGUGGUACAAGAACCUGGUCAGGCUUUCAAACCGUUUCUCCCCAGCAUUCUCUCUCUGUGCAUGGAGCAGGUGUACCCAGUUGUGGCAGAGCGGUCUUCCCCUGAUGUCAAAGCAGAGAUGUUUGAGCUGCUAUACCAAAUACUUCACCAAAACUGGAGAUACUUCUUUAGAACUUCUAUUCUAACAAGUGUCCAGAGAGGAGCUCCUGAGGACGCCAUGGAGAACGAGGCCCAGUUCACAGCUGCCAUGCAGGCUUUUGGGCAGUCUUUCCUGCAGCCCGACAUCCAUAUCUUCAAGCAAAAUCUCUCCUAUUUGGAGUCCCUCAACAGCAAGCACAAGUUGUAUCACAGAAAGCUUUUCCGGACCUCGAUGCUCUUCCACUUUAUCAACGUGCUGCUGCAGGUCCUUCUCCACAAAAGUCACGACCUUCUCCAGGAGGAAAUCACCCUGGCCAUUUACAACAUGGCCUCUGUGGACUUCGAUGCCUUCUACUCAGCCUUCAUGCCAGAGUUCCUCAACAACUGCCAGGGUGUGGACACCAACCAGCGAGCUGUCCUCGCCCGCAACUUCAAGAUAGAACAGGACCUGCCUUCAUUCACUCAAAGUGUGCAGCGGCUGGUGAACGACCUUCGCUACUACAGACUGUGCAACAGCAGCUUGCCCACUGGCACCAUUAAGCUAUAGCACGGCAGAACCACUUCACGAUGCAUCCAGGACGUUCAAGGACUGCCUGUGCUGACCACUUUGCCCAACACUCCAAACUCUGCUUUGGCUCACAUGUUCAAAGUUGUAGGAAGGUUGAGGAUGCUGCUGUUUCUUUGAUAUCUACUGUAGACAUUUGGCGCAUUGUUGUUGAUGAUAAAAGCAGCGCCCACCGUGUCGCCAAUGAUUCAUUGGCAGGAAAUGUUAACCUGGUCUGCAGUUGGUAUUAGUUUGCCCCAGACCCGGACCAGUCUGAGCCAGGCCUUCUUUCCCACGCUGGGACUGAGCACUUUUAACUCAUUUUGAGUUUUUAAAAUGUUUGCUUUUAUUCAUUUAUGCCUUCAGGUUUUUUCAUCUCCAAAGGAGACGGACUCUCAACUUAAAUCUUUCACAUCAUUCCAUUCUGAAAGAAAAUUUGCUUGAUUUAAUAA